CAACUAAUCAUCAUGUAUGCAAGUCUUGCAGGAACGGGUGAUAAUACAAUUAAAAUUGCUGUGAGCGUUGUUGUUCCGAUUGUGGUGUGUCUAUUAAUCCUGGCUGCUUUUGCUGUAAUCUGCGUGAGAAAAAGAAUGAAGCGGAGGAGGCCGAAUAGAAUCCCCUUCGAGGAUGGAUCAGAAGAUAAAGAUGAUAUUAGCAGUACUGUUGAUUCCCUGCAAUACGAUUUUGGUAAAAUUAGAGACGCAACCAAUGAUUUUGCCCCUGAAAAUGAGCUUGGGCAGGGUGGAUUCGGGGCUGUUUAUGCGGGGAAACUUCCAAAUGGUCAACAAAUAGCUGUCAAAAGAUUGUCUAGAGAUUCAGGGCAAGGCAAUUUGGAAUUCAAUAACGAAGUGUUGAUAGUGGCUAAGCUUCAGCAUAGGAAUCUGGUUAGACUAUUGGGUUUCUCCAGAGAAGGAACCGAGAGGCUUCUAAUAUAUGAAUUCGUCGAGAAUGCCAGCCUCGACAAGUUCCUCUUUGACCCGAUCAAACGUUCGGAUUUGGAUUGGGAUACACGCUACAAGAUCAUAGGGGGUAUUGCAAGGGGACUUGUGUACUUGCACGAAGAUUCUCGACUCAGGAUCAUUCACCGUGAUCUCAAAGCCAGCAAUGUGCUUUUAGAUGGAGAGAUGAACCCUAAAAUUGCAGAUUUCGGAAUGGCAAGAUUAUUCGGGCAAGGUGAAACCCUAGGAAACACAAAAAGGAUUGUCGGAACCUAUGGAUAUAUGUCACCUGAAUAUGCAAUGCAUGGACAGUUCUCCGUUAAAUCGGAUGUGUUUAGCUUCGGAGUGCUAGUCUUGGAAAUCAUCAGCGGUCAGAAAAAUACUGGUAUCGAAAAUGAGGGGAAUGUGGAGUACCUCUUGACUUUUAUAUGGAGAAACUGGCAGGAAGGAAGUGUUGAAAAUAUGAUAGAUCCAGUCUUGAUGAAUGGUACGGGUUCAUUGGCCGAAAUAUUGAGAUGCAUUCACAUCGGUUUGUUGAGUGUUCAAGAAAAUGCUGCUGAUAGACCAACAAUGACUGAAGUUCUUCUAAUGCUCAAUAGCUCCACCGUAACUUUGCCACUACCUUCAAGGCCGGCGUUUUUAAUGGGCAGUCAUUUUGGUCCAAACGUGGAAUAUGAUUCCAAGAACAUUCGUCAAGGUUCAUCUGUAAAUGAUGUCACGGUGACUGAGUUACAUCCACGCUUUGUCGGAGCCCAGGAUCAAAAUCCGUACUACGUUUGUCUAAAUAACGGAAACUACACAGUUAACAGCACAUACAGCACAAAUCUCAACACCCUACUCUCAUCUCUCUCCUCAAACAUUCAUGACGACAAUGUAUUGAUCUACAACAACGCCUCCGCCUCCGUUGGGCGGAACCUAGACACAGCCAACGCCAUUGUCCUCUGCAGAGCCGACAGAACCCUCGACCAGUGCCGCACGUGCGUACACAACGCCGCCGUUGGGGUAUUAGAGCUGUGCCCUAAUCAGAGGCAGGCUGUUAUAUGGUACGAAUUUUGUAUGCUGCGCUACUCAAACGAGCCCAUAUUUCGAACUCCGACUUUUGAUCCAGGACUUAUCCUGCGUAACACUGCAGAAGUAUCGAGUUCCGUCAAUCAGUUUAGGGAGAACCGGACAAGGUUGCUGCUGAACGAUCUUCAGUUCCAAGCUGUUUAUGGCAACCCUGUCAUGAAGGUUGGUGUAGGGUCUAGGAGUUUUUCAGAUUUUACGACACUUUACGGGAUGCUGCAGUGCACUCCGGAUUUAUCCCCGUCGGGUUGCGGCUCUUGCUUGAUCCAGGCAGCCCAAGUCUUGAGGGAUGAUUUUGAUGCAAGCGGAUUGAGAAUACUGUUUCCCAGCUGCUAUAUUCGGUAUGAGACUUAUCUCUUCUACAAUCAAACCAGGCUUCUCGAACUCCAUCUCGUACUGCUGCAGUCGCCCCCAUCACCUGCUGCAGGAACGGAUGAUAAAACAAUUAAAAUUGCUGUGAGCGUUGUUGUUCCGAUUGUGGUGUGUCUAUUAAUCCUGGCUGCUUUUGCUCUAGAUGGAUCAGAAGAUAAUGAUGAUAUUAGCAGUACUGUUGAUUCCUUGCAAUACGAUUUUGGUAAAAUUAGAGACGCAACCAAUGAUUUUGCCUUUGCAAACAAGCUUGGGCAGGGUGGAUUUGGGGCUGUUUAUGCGGGGAAACUUCCAGAUGGUCAACAAAUAGCUGUCAAAAGAUUGUCUAGAGAUUCAGGGCAAGGCAAUUUGGAAUUCAACAACGAGGUGUUGCUAGUGGCUAAGCUUCAGCACAGGAAUCUGGUUAGACUAUUGGGUUUCUCCAGAGAAGGAACCGAGAGGCUUCUAAUAUAUGAAUUCGUCGAGAAUGCCAGCCUCAACAAGUUCCUCUUUGACCCCAUCAAACGUUCGUAUUUGGAUUGGGAUACACGCUACAAGAUUAUAGGGGGUAUAGCAAGGGGACUUGUGUACUUGCACGAAGACUCACGACUCAGGAUCAUUCACCGUGAUCUCAAAGCGAGCAAUGUACUUUUAGAUGGAGAGAUGAACCCUAAAAUUGCAGAUUUUGGCAUGGCAAGAUUAUUCGGACAAGGUGAAACCCUCGGGAACACAAACAGGAUUGUCGGAACCUAUGGAUAUAUGUCACCUGAAUAUGCAAUGCAUGGGGAGUUCUCCGUUAAAUCGGAUGUGUUUAGCUUCGGAGUCUUAGUUCUGGAAAUCAUCAGCGGUCAGAAAAAUACUUCUAUAAGGAAUGGGGAGAAUGUCGAGAAUCUCUUGACUUUUAUAUGGAGAAACUGGCACGAAGGAAGUGCUGAAAAUAUGAUAGAUCCCGUCUUGAUGACUGGUACGGGUUCAUUGGCCGAAAUAUUGAGAUGCAUUCACAUCGGUUUGUUGAGUGUUCAAGAUAAUGCUGCUAAUAGACCAACAAUGACUGCAGUUCUUCUAAUGCUCAGUAGCUCCACCGUAACUUUGCCACUACCUUCAAAGCCGUCGUUUUUUAUGGCUAGUCAUUUUGGUCCAGACACGGUAUACGAUUCCAAGAAAAUUCCUCAGGGUUCAUCUGUAAAUGAUGUCACAGUUACUGAGCUAGAUCCACGGUGACGAUGUUUGCGAGAAUGUACCAUCCGUUUCUGCAAGACGUGUUUGUAUUUCGUUUAUUUUUGCUUGUACUUGUAACUGUAUACUAUUUAAGGUUUCCGUAAACACUUGUAUGUGAAAUAAUAACCGACUCACCUGGAUUUUAUGCAAUUCGUUGGAAGAAAA